UUGGGGUAUGUGAGAGAGUUCGUGUACUAGACUAGGCAACGUAUACAGCGUCAGUGCCUCUACAAAGGCGGGUGUGGAACUACAAGUCCCAGCAGUCUUGAAUGGGCAGUUUGACAGUAAACUGAUAAAUUGAGGAAUGGAGCGUGGCCUGCUGCACACCGCCAAUGCCGAGCUGGAGAAGCGCCACCUGGAGGCGGCAGAGGAGCUUUACGGGAAGAUCAUAGAGCGAUGCGAGCGGAACAGCAAAUGCAGCACGGAAGAGCUCUCCAUAGCCUACAAUAACCGGGGACAGAUUAAGUAUUUCCGCGUUGACUUCUACGAGGCGAUGGAUGACUACACAGAGGCGAUACGAUUAAACCCGAAAUUUGAGGUUCCGUAUUACAAUAGAGGCUUGAUCCUGUAUAGACUUGGGUUCUAUGAUGAUGCAAUUAAGGAUUUCCAGAGAGUGCUGGAGCUGAACCCUAAGUUUGAAGAUGCCAAGAUCAGCUUAAAGCAGAGUGUUGUGGACAAAGAAGAAAGGAGUCGGAGGAUUUCUGAAUUUGGAGUGGAUUGAGGAUAAGUGACCCAGACGCUGCUUCAUACUAUUACCUCACUAGAUGGGAACGUUCGCUGUUGUCAGCCAUUCAUGCCAAUGGAGGAUAUAGUACUGGUCGAUUACUUGAAACAUGACUUCCCAUUGUAUCAGAUUUAUCUAUUGGUAUCAAGUGGGCUUUGCGCUUCUUGUGUCUGCUUAUAAAUACUUAUGCAGUAUAUUGACCAAAUAAUAGAAGUGUGAAUAAGGUCAUAGCCCAAGCAACACCUGCAGACUUGUGCCUGGCCCUUUAAGAUGUCACUUGUUGCAUGAGGCGAGUGGGGCGCUGGUUACACAAGUAUGUGCAAUGCCUCGUUGUGCGCUUGUGUCUCUCCAUUUAAAAGCGUUGUCCCAUUGCAACAUAUUCCUGAUCCACUGGAUAGGGGACAAGUGUCUGAUCACCAAGGGGUUCGACUGCUGGGGCCUCCCAUGAUCACGAGAAUGGGCCCAGGUUGCUCCAUUUGAAUGGUGGGGCAGACAGGCAUGCCCACUCCUACUUCACUGACCUCUAUCAGGUUACCGGAGGUAACGGAAGCGGCGUCUGCAGCACUCAUCUGUAUUUAACAUCCCUUUAAUAAAAUAAAAAAAACUUG